AUGUGCUUCCAGAUUAGUCUCAUAUCAAACCAAAUUAUAGUGAGAAUUGCCAGCAGAUUUUGGUUCUAUUUUCAGAGGCAAAAGAAAAUUCGUGAUGAUCAUAGAUCCUACUAUGCAAUUAACACUGUUUAUGUGUAUGGACAAGAGAAAUACUUGUUGUUGCAUGAUAUUUCAGAAUCGGAAUUUCUAACUGAGGCUGAGAUCAUUUGUGAUGUUGUAUGCCUGGUAUAUGAUGUCACGAAUCCCAAAUCCUUUGAAUAUUGUGCCAGGAUUUUUAAGCAACACUUUAUGGACAGCAGAAUUCCUUGCUUAAUUGUAGCCGCAAAGUCAGACCUGCAUGAAGUUAAACAAGAAUAUAGUCUCUCACCUACUGAUUUCUGCAGGAAACACAAAAUGCCUCCACCUCAAGCCUUCACUUGCAAUGCUGCUGAUGCACCCAGUAAGGACAUCUUUGUUAAAUUGACAACAAUGGCCAUGUACCCGUAAGUACUUGCUCUGUCUUCAUUUUCAUGUUGCAUGCUGCAUAAUAACAUUGCAUGCCAUAUUAGCCAUG